UCCUCCGCCCCCUCCUUCCCUCCCGGUGACAGGAGCUCGGGCUUUAGAGCCGCUGAAAAAGGCAGAGCGAUCGCCUCAUCCGGACACCCGGGCGAUUUGCUUUCAGCUACAAAAUCAGCGCGACUUAUUAACAAAAAGACGCAGAUUGAUGGGUCAUCUUACACCGAAUCUGAAUGGGAUCUCAUUAUCGUUGUGGAAAGAAAAGAAGAAGAGUUGUUAGGAUUUUCAUGUCAAAUAGCUGCUUCUGUUUGACAGCACAUCAUCUUCUGCAGGGAAAAGAAGCUCAGAACGUCAUGAGUGAUGAUUCAUGUCACCUUCUUUACUGCCAUGGCAUCUUCUACAUGAUCCAUGCUUAGUAUUAGUCUUAAGUGGAACUGUAGUGUGAACAGAAAAGAGAAGCCUGUUUAGUUUUUGUGAAUAUAAGACAUUUAUCUGGAUACCUAAUCAGCACUAAAUCUACAUCCAUUGGAGAUUAGUUUGGAAGCCACCAUGUUGGUUACAAUGGAACACUAAGGUUCCAACGAUUUCCUUCCGCAUUCGCAUUCCAUUGGCCGGCAAACUCUAUCUGUACGAUAGUGCAAAGAUCUAAGAAUAUAUUUUAUACCUUGGGAAGAUUUACAUUAAAGAGGCAAUCUGGAACAUCAAAGCAAUUUAAAGGACCCUCAAGACAUUAAGUCAUCAGAAAUGGCUAGUGUUCUUAAACAAGGGGGGCUCAUAAUUUGGAUGGUCUUAGUCCUUGGAUGCAUGGUGGACAUUGGCUGCGGCCUGGAGUUCCCUGGUACAGAAAGCCAGUGGACUCGCUUUCCUAAAUGGAAUGCGUGCUGCGAGAGUGAGAUGAGUUUUAACAUGAAGACCAAAAGAUCCAGUGGACUUGUUGUUUACUUUGAUGAUGAAGGCUUCUGUGACUUCUUGGAGUUGAUACUGUAUGAAGGCAGAUUAAAGCUAAGCUUUUCCAUCUUCUGUGCUGAGCCAGCUUCUCUUCUGACUGAUCUCGCUGUCAACGACAACAAAUGGCACUCGGUGGUCAUCAAAAGAAACUUUAAGAACACCACCUUGAUUUUAGACAAGGAGAGCAAAUGGGUGGAGGUGAAAUCAAAACGGAGAGACAUGACGGUGUUCAGCAGUCUGUUUAUAGGUGGGAUCCCACCAGAACUCCAUUCGACAUUAAAAUUAACAUUUCCAGAGGUCAAAGACCAUAGCCCUUUUCAAGGCUGGAUAAGAAAUGUCCGGGUCAAUUUCUCAGACUCGUCUCCGGUCACCAGUAAUGAUAUCAGGAUGGAGGAUGAAACCGACCCAUGUGCCCAAGACCAAGUGUGUCUUAAUGGUGGGAUUUGUUCUGUUGUGAAAGAGGAAGCCACAUGUGAUUGUUCCCAGACCGGGUUUCAGGGAAAAGACUGCAGUGAAGAAGACAACCGUGUAGAAGGUCUGGCGCACCUGAUGAUGGGCGACCAAGGCAAAACUAAAGGGAAAGAAGAAUACAUUGCUACAUUUAAAGGGUCUGAAUAUUACUGCUAUGAUCUGUCACAAAACCCAAUCCAAAGUAGCAGCGAUGAAAUAACACUCUCAUUUAAAACCCUUCAGAGGAAUGGACUGAUGCUUCACACAGGAAAAUCAGCAGAUUAUGUCAAUCUGGCAUUGAAAAAUGGAGCCGUCUCUUUGGUCAUUAAUUUGGGGUCAGGGGCCUUUGAGGCUUUGGUGGAACCAGUGAAUGGAAAAUUUAAUGACAAUAACUGGCAUGAUGUGAAAGUAACCAGGAAUCUGCGUCAGCACUCAGGCAUUGGACACGCUAUGGUAAACAAACUACAUUGUUCGGUGACAAUUUCAGUGGAUGGAAUUCUGACCACAACAGGCUACACACAGGAAGACUAUACCAUGCUGGGAUCAGAUGACUUUUUCUAUGUUGGAGGUAGUCCCAGCACAGCUGACCUCCCGGGAUCACCAGUUAGUAACAACUUCAUGGGAUGCCUGAAAGAGGUUGUGUAUAAAAACAACGAUGUUAGACUAGAAUUAUCUCGACUUGCAAAGCAAGGUGAUGCUAAAAUGAAGGUUCAUGGUGUAGUUGCAUUUAAAUGCGAAAAUGUUGCCACGCUGGACCCAAUCACUUUUGAAACUCCUGAGUCUUUUAUCUCUUUGCCAAAAUGGAAUGCUAAGAAAACAGGUUCCAUAUCAUUUGACUUUCGCACAACUGAACCCAAUGGGCUCAUACUUUUCAGCCAUGGCAAGCCGCGACACCAAAAAGAUGCAAAGAACCCUCAGAUGAUCAAGGUUGAUUUUUUUGCAAUUGAGAUGCUUGAUGGUCACCUGUAUUUACUUUUAGACAUGGGAUCUGGCACUAUCAAAAUAAAAGCCAUACAGAAAAAAGUAAAUGACGGAGAGUGGUAUCAUGUGGAUUUUCAGCGUGAUGGACGAACAGGUACCAUUUCUGUCAAUACUUUACGCACGCCCUAUACAGCCCCUGGUGAAAGUGAAAUUCUUGACCUUGAUGAUGACUUGUAUUUGGGGGGUUUACCUGAAAAUAAAGCUGGUCUGGUUUUCCCAACUGAAGUUUGGACAGCUCUUCUUAAUUAUGGAUAUGUUGGCUGCAUCAGAGAUUUGUUCAUUGAUGGUCAGAGCAAAGAUAUUCGCCAGUUGGCUGAACAACAAAGCACAGCCGGAGUAAAACCUUCAUGCUCAAGAGAAGCAACAAAACCCUGUAUCAACAAUCCUUGCAAGAACAAUGGUGUAUGCAGAGAUGGGUGGAAUCGCUAUGUCUGUGAUUGUACUGGAACAGGAUACCUGGGUCGCUCUUGUGAGAGAGAGGCAACAAUUUUAAGCUAUGAUGGGAGUAUGUUCAUGAAGAUCCAGCUGCCCAUGGUUAUGCACACCGAAGCCGAAGAUGUCUCCUUGAGAUUCCGCUCUCAGCGAGCUUACGGCAUAUUGAUGGCCACCACUUCCAGGGAAUCUGCUGAUACUCUGCGUCUGGAGCUGGAUGCAGGACGCGUGAAAUUAACUGUUAAUCUAGACUGUAUCAGGAUUAACUGUAAUUCCAGCAAAGGCCCAGAAACACUUUAUGCUGGCUAUAACCUCAAUGAUAAUGAGUGGCACACAGUACGUGUGAUCAGACGAGGGAAGAGUUUAAAGUUGACGGUGGAUGAUCAACAAGGGAUGACAGGUCAAAUGGCUGGAGAUCACACAAGACUGGAAUUCCACAACAUUGAGAGUGGAAUAAUAACUGAACGCCGUUACCUGUCGGUUGUCCCUUCCAACUUUAUUGGCCAUUUGCAGAGCUUAACGUUUAACGGUAUGGCUUACAUCGAUUUGUGUAAGAAUGGCGACAUCUACUAUUGUGAACUGAAUGCUCGCUUUGGCUUGAGGAACAUCAUUGCAGACCCAAUCACAUUUAAGUCGAAAGCAAGUUAUGUUUCCCUUGCCACUCUCCAAGCCUACACUUCCAUGCACCUCUUUUUCCAGUUCAAGACCACAUCGCCCGAUGGACUCAUUCUCUAUAACAGCGGAGAUGGGAAUGACUUCAUUGUAGUUGAACUGGUUAAAGGGUAUUUGCAUUACGUGUUUGACUUGGGGAAUGGUGCAAAUCUGAUUAAAGGAAGCUCCAACAAACCUUUAAAUGACCAUCAAUGGCACAAUGUUAUGAUCUCCAGGGACACAAGUAACCUCCACACUGUAAAGAUUGACACAAAAACCACAACCCAAAGCACAGCAGGAGCCAGAAACCUUGACCUGAAAAGUGACCUAUAUAUUGGAGGGGUUUCCAAAGAAAUGUACAAAACCUUACCCAAGCUGGUCCAUGCCAAGGACGGAUUCCAAGGUUGCCUUGCUUCUGUAGAUUUGAAUGGACGCCUUCCAGACUUAUUUUCAGAUGCUCUUUUGAGUAAUGGACAAAUUGAGAGAGGAUGUGAAGUUGCAUUGAUGAAAGCUGACUUGCAAGGCCCAAGCACAACAUGUCAAGAAGAUUCCUGCGCAAACCAAGGCGUCUGCUUGCAACAAUGGGAUGGAUUCAGCUGUGAUUGUAGCAUGACCUCAUUCCGUGGACCUCUGUGCAAUGACCCUGGCAUAAUGUAUAUAUUUAGCAAAGGAGGAGGACAAAUCACUUAUACAUGGCCCCCUAAUGAUAGGCCGAGCACUCGUGCAGACAGACUGGCAGUAGGAUUUAGCACUGUUCAAAAAGAAGCGGUUUUAGUACGAGUAGACAGCUCUUCUGGACUGGGGGACUACUUAGAGCUGCAUAUUCACCAAGGGAAAAUUGGAGUGAAAUUUAAUGUUGGAACAGAUGACAUAUCAAUUGAAGAAGUUAAUGCAAUCAUAAAUGAUGGGAAAUACCAUACAGUGCGCUUUACGAGAAGUGGGGGUAAUGCCACCUUGCACGUAGACAACUGGCCGGUAAUAGAACGUUAUCCUGCAGGAAACAAUGAUAACGAACGCCUGGCGAUUGCUAGACAGCGAAUUCCAUAUCGACUUGGUCGAGUAGUUGAUGAUUGGCUACUCGACAAAGGGCGCCAGCUCACAAUCUUCAAUAGUCAAGCAACAAUAAAAAUCGGUGGGAAGGACCAGGGUCAACCAUUUCAAGGACAACUUACUGGCCUUUACUACAAUGGCUUGAAAGUUCUGAAUAUGGCAGCUGAAAAUAAUCCUGACAUCGUAAUAGAGGGAAACGUCAGGCUUGUUGGUGAUGUGCCUUCAUCUAUGACUACAGAAUCAACUGCCACUGCUAUGCAGUCAGAAUUGUCCACAUCCAUUAUGGAAACUACUACGACACUGGCCACUAGCACUAGGAAAUCACCUACAAGGGAACCUGCUGGUCAGACCACUGAUGACAUAUUGGUUGCAUCUGCUGAGUGUCCCAGUGAUGAUGAUGAGGACAUUGAUCCAUGUGAGCCAAGCUCAGGUGGGUUAGCAAAUCCUACAAAAGCAAAUGGAAUUCCAGGCCCAUCUGAAGUCAUUCGAGAAUCCAGCAGUACAACUGGCAUGGUAGUCGGCAUUGUGGCAGCAGCUGCGUUGUGCAUCCUCAUCCUCCUCUACGCUAUGUACAAAUACCGAAACAGGGAUGAAGGCUCGUAUCACGUGGAUGAGAGUCGAAACUACAUCAGUAACUCAGCGCAGUCCAAUGGGGCUGUGAUUAAGGAGAAACAACCCAGUAGUGCUAAAAGCUCUAACAAAAACAAGAAAAACAAGGACAAAGAAUAUUAUGUCUGAUCCCAGCCACUAACUGGACAAAUGUAUAGAAAUAGUCUUCAUUUUAUCUGAGACAUAAAAUUAACAAACUUAUUUACUUUACUUUUUAUGAAGCACAUUGAAAAAAAUUAAAAGGAAACAGGAGAUGAAAUCAGAAAAAAAACAAAAAAAAACAAAGAUAUCAUGGUCUAGGUUGCCAGAAGCAGGAGCCAAACAAGAAUCCCGAAUAUCCACAGUGUUUUCCUUUACUCUGCCUAUCAUUUAUUGUCGCAGGAAUGCUUUGGAAAGACACUUGCGGCUCCAAGCAUUCUUCAAGUUUGGAGUUAUUUCCAGCAUUGAGGCACAAUUUGAGAAAACAAAAACAAACAAACAAAAAAAAGCUACCUAUGAUUCUGGAUUCAGCCAAAGUGCUAGUGCUUUUUCCAAUUGUGAGUUUAUUCUGGUGCCAGCGAAGAAUUGUCUGAACCUGCCAACGUCAUUGGUUUGCUGUAAUGUGCAAUGAAACAAUGAUUGAAAUGUAUUCAGUAAAAACCUGCUGGCUUUUCGGAAGACUUAAAUACUUUCACAAAGCCCCUUUCUGGUUGCUAAGGGAUGUGUUACGGAGGCCUUAUUUUCCAAAAUAUGAAAUAUAAGGCACUUUUUCAAAAUAAACAAGAGAGAUAGAUGCAAUCAUUGUGAACUUUUCAUGCACGCUUAAUAUGUUAUUACAUAUGUUUAUAUAAAACACAUCUAUAUGUGCUUUCUGAACUGUGAUAAGUGAUGUUUUAUAGCCUGUUGUAUAUACAAUUCAAAAUAUAUCUGCUCUUCAGCCAUUUUUGGUAAGUAAAUGUUCUGUGUUGCUAGGUAUAGAAAGUUGUCUGAUGCAACAGACCAAUUUUUUUUUUUUGCAGUCAUCCAAAACAGUAAAUCUCUCUUUCUCUUAAUUUUUUUAAUUACAAUUCUUGUAUGCAGCGGGAUAAGUAUGAAUGUAUAUAAUAAUGUAAAUCUACAGCACAAUAGCCUAAUUUUCACUGCAGCCAAGUUACAGUGUGUUUUGGGUGAGGAUGUACAAAGGGGUCUUUGAUCUCCUGCAAAAAUGACCAAAUUUGAGUAAAAUUUAGAGAUCUAUACCUUCUAACCUUAACCCCUUUUUUUAGAAAAAAAAUUAAAUACCCCUUUAAACCUUCCUAAAAUGGUUAUAUCCUAUAGUUAUACAAAUGUUAACAUUUUGUAUGACAGACUUGCUUACCAUUAGUGGAGGCACAAAUAUAGUCUUUGAAUUUAAAAAAAAUAUUUUUUUGCUUACAAGAAAUUUGCUGUGUCAGAGAAAAUGUAUUAUGUUGUAUUUUACGAUGAUAUUAAAACAGCUAACAACAUUUUAAUUUUUAUUUUCCUUUAAACCUUUCAUUUCUUUGAGGGAAAAAAGGCAACUUUCAAUAUUUAGCCAUGUUAUUGGGUUUAGACAUUUAUCCAACAGUGGGUAUUUAAUUUAACUUUAUUUAGUAAAUGGUCCUCUGGUGGCACCAGAGAUGUUCACAUAUUGUAAAUGGGGAUAACAAAUUAAAUCAGUCAAAAUAAUAAUAACAUGACUUUAGGCAACCAGGGAAGCAAACUAAUGAUCCAAAUAUUCUCUUCCAAAAGUUUAUGGUUAUUAUUAUUAUCCUUUCUAUCACACUGAAAUGUUAUAGAGCUUGUUCCUCAUUCACAUCAGCCCCACCUUAGUUAAGAAUGAAGGAGUCAUAAUACACCUGUAUGUUUUAGGGAAACCAGAGUACUUUAAGGAAAACCAUAUAGACACAGGGAAGAGCAUGGGAACUCCUUGCAGAUAGUGUCCACGUCAAAAUGUGUUCAGGACUCAGGUCUGCAAAGCAACAGUGCUAAACACUAAGCCAACAUGCCACCUGUUGUCCAAACUACUACUAAUACUUCAUUGUUAGGGGUUGGCAAAUAUGUUAAAAGGGCUUUUUGUUCAACCUUCAUGGAAAGUAUACUGGAGAGAACACUGCAUGUUCACACUUCCUCUGUGUAGCAUUUUUAACUGGACACCAGCUGUACUCAGGGAAAGACAAUUAUUUUGUAGGUAGGAAAAAAAGUCUUAGGUCUUAGCAAAGGUGAAAGGUUACAUUAUUACAAAUGCCCUUUACUAGUCUUGCCAAAACUAUACACUAAAUUCAUCAUAGAAAAUAAUUUUUUGAAAUGUAUCAAUUGUGGAGAUAUAUAUAUAUAUAUAUAUAUAUAUAUAUAUAUAUAUAUAGUUAAACGCACUGGAGGCACUCACGGAGAUGGUUACAAGUGAAUUUAUCCGCCUCACAUAUUCCCCCACAUAAUUGUGUUCUCAACCUUCAUCAGGAUUUUGAUAUAUGGGAGUUGCACCCGGAAUUUGCUCCGAAAAUUGGUGAGUGCCAAUUUUGAAUGUGACUAUAUAUAAUAUAUUUAUAAAUAUAGUUUGACAGCUUUUUAUUUUCUUCUUAAUGAAUUCUUUAUUCUUUUUGUGGGAAAAAACACCAUAACAGACUGUAUAAGCAUUUUAAAAGAUAAUGAUUUAAUAUUUGUUGGAAAUAUUACAGUAUAUCACUGUAUGUUUGGAUCUUUUCAUUAGAUUGUAUGGUACAGAUACUAUCUUGAGUUUACAAUCUGCUUGCCUGGUGGUUGCUGUACUACACAUCUUUGAUAUUUAAAGUGUUACAGUACUUCUGGCAGUCCAAAGGUAAUUAACUACCUUCUAUGCCCUUAUUCCCAAUUUUGUUAUGUGUUGCCUUUAAGACAAAUUUCAAAAGUGUAAUCUGAUCCAUUCUGAAAACAAAUGACAAAUCAAGAGGCCCAACGCCCCUUUAAUGUGUUCUGUGUGAUAGAUAUUUCCAUUUACUUUAUUUUUUUUUUUCAUUUUUUUUUUAUUUGCAACGCCAAAUCUAUCCAUUACUGGAAAUGCUAAGCAAGUGGAAAUUAUUGUUUUGUUAAUAAAAUAUUUCUUAAUACAAUA